UUUGUGUCUUGUGGGGGUGUGGGUCCGGGUGUUGGUGUUGAGCGUUUGAGACGAGGUUACUUUGUUCAGGAGUUUGCCAGAGCAGCCUAUGACUCAAAAUGGCCUCCUCCAGCAACCCUUCUACACUGCAAGUAUGUGAUGCCAUCAGAAAACUAAGUCUGGAGGAAACCAGGGACCUAGCGUUCCAAAUGGGCGUGCCCGUCAAAGACAUUGAUAACAUAACUGAACGUUACAGUGGCGAAAUGCAAAAAGUCCACCUUGUGCAGACGUGGAUGGACAUGGUCCCCGAUGCCAGUUGGGCCAAGCUUGUUGCUGGAGUUAGAAAAAUCAACAAAAACUCCUUGGCUACUGAGAUUGAGUCUCAAUUCAUCCCGAGAGGUCCAGUCCUCAGCAGUGACUCUUCCUCCGUCCUUUCAACAUCAUGUCUCCCUCUCUCUGCUGAGCCGAGUACAUCCGUUUCGGUCGCUCCUCUCACUCCUCUCACUCCUCUCCCUCCUCCCCCUCCUGUUCUUCCUCCUCCUUACGAUACCGACCACAUCUUCCAGCAAAGGGUAGCAGAAACCGAGGGUAGUAUAGAGCAUUUGCAAGAAGAGUUUUCAGACCUGAAAUCUGACGCACGAGAGUCCCUCUCAGAGAGAGAAAGUCAAGACCCAAAGUUUGUUCGUAAGUUCCGAGAUCACCUCUUGGACCUGCCUGUCACAAAGAAACAAGUUCACGUUCGCUUCUUUAGCAGAAACGAAGACGAUAUCCUGAAAGCCGAAACUAUUCAAAAGCUGUUUCUUAUCCUCGGUCGCUACUGCAACUACACCAACUACGAGAUAAUCUUCCACGUCGUCAAGAGGUUCUGUCAUACUCUAAGGGGAAGAAUGACUAAUUAUCGUGACUCUCUUGUCGCAUUUGAAAAGUCCACAACAGUCGAUGUCUACCUAUGUGCCAUUUCAGCUCGUCCGAGUGGUAAAGUUAGCGAAGGAUUCAUCCGCAUGACCAUGAAGAUCAGCAAGUCACCAUCUGAGUGCUCGCUCUAUGAAAUCCGAGAGUUGAAGGAGUCCAUCGAGGAGAAUGCAUCUCUGGAGUCCUAUGGCAUGUACAUCGAUAACCCAGACGAGGGCUCUGUACUUGUGGUGCUGCAUGUUCACAAGGAGGUGUGUCGGAUGGUUGUGAUGGUGUUGACUCCUGACUUCAGAAACAAGCAUCUCUUGACAGAAGUGACUGUGGAUGGAAAACGUCUCACCACCCUGGAUGAUAAGCUGCGGUCUGCCUCUGGUAGAGGAGACAUAGAGGCAGUAACUUCACUGAUUGUAGCUGGAGCUGAUGUGAAUUAUAUAUGGGAUCGAAGAUCUGCACUGAUGAUGGCGGCUGAGGAGGUUUGGACUGAAGUUGUUUCACUGCUGCUAGCAGCUGGAGCUAAAAUUGACCUGCAGAAUUGGCACGGAUAUACUUCACUGAUGCUUGCAGCUGAGAAUGGUGAGACUGAAGUUGUUUCACUUCUACUAGAGGCUGGAGCUAACAUUGACCUACAGAAUGAGAGUGGACACUCUGUGCUGAUGUUGGCUAUCAUCAAGGGUAUGACCAAAGUUGUUUCACAGCUGCUAGAAGGUGGAGCUAACACUGACCUACAGAAUAUGCUCGGAGAGCCUACACUGGUGCUGGCUAUCAGGAAGGGUUUGACUGACAUUGUUUCACUGCUAAUGAAGGCAGGAGCUAACAUUGACAUUCAGGAUAAGAGAGGAGACUCUCCACUGAUGGUAGCUGUCUGGCAGGGUAGGACUGAAGUUGUUUCACUGCUACUGGAGGCUGGAGCUAACACUGACCUACAGAAUAUGCUCGGAGAGCCUGCACUGGUGCUGGCUAUCAGGAAGGGUUUGACUGACAUUGUUUCACUGCUAAUGAAGGCAGGAGCUAACAUUGACAUUCAGGAUAAGAGAGGAGACUCUCCACUGAUGGUAGCUGUCUGGCAAGGUAGGACUGAAGUUGUUUCACUGCUACUAGAGGCUGGAGCUAACACUGACCUACAGAAUGAGAGAGGAGACUCAGCUGUGAUAUUGGCCACAGUGAAGUUCCAUCUGUCAGUCUUGAAGGAGCUGGUCAGAGCUGGAGCUGACCUCAACCUACAGAACCAGGAGAUGCUAACCGCUCUCAUGAUCUCCUCAAGAUCUGUGGACUGAUCUCACAGAGACACUU